AUGCGUGCUACUUUGUCCGCAUUGUUGCUAGCUGCCGCAGCCUCAACGGCAACAGCCCAUGGACAUGAAGGCCACGCAAAAGCUCAUCAGGAGUAUGCCAGAGCAGCGGCUGUUGAUACAUCAACACUAAAGGGAAAGUGGCUGUACGGCUACCAGGGCUGGUUCCGCAAGCCAGCAGCCGGUGUCAACAACCACUGGUCUCCCAACGGCGGAACUCCAGGACCUGGCAAUGUUGAGUUCGAGUUUGUCCCCGAUGUCAGCCAGUAUCCGGCCAACUGCCUGUUUGCGUCCACCUUGAAGGCACCCAAUGGCCAGCCGGUGCAACUAUACGACAACACUUGCCAGGGAGUCGUAGACUUGCAUUUCAAGUGGAUGCAGCAGUACGGAAUCGACGGCAUCGUUGUGCAGCGAUUCCUGAGCCACCUCGACGAUACCUCUUUCAUCACAGUCCUCAACCAAGUCGAAGCCGCCGCCGUCAAAUACGGCCGAGGCUUCAUGGUCGAAUACGACGCCUCAGGCGGAAACUCGGCCACCGGCAGCGUCGCCGCCCAGAUUCUAGCCGACUACAACUCCAAGGUGAAGCCCUACACCACCUCGUCGGCCUACAUCCACCACAACGGCAAGCCGGCAGUCAUGGUGUUUGGCGUAGGCUAUACGACCGUCGCCAUCAACGUCACUGAUGGAGCAAAUAUUGCGACGCAGCUCAAGGGUGCUGGUGCGUAUGUUGGAUAUGGUGUGCCGCCCACCUUUGGCACGGAUUUGAGGGCAAACACGGGCUUUGCGGCGGCGUACAAGGCGGCGAAUUUGAUUAGCCCUUGGACAGUGGGCAGCUUCAGCGAGGGUGGUUACUUGAAGGGAUACCACACGACGACUCAGAUUCCGGACUCUCAAACCCUCCACUCCCUCGGCAUCGACCACGCCCCCCUCAUCUGGCCCGGCACCUCCGCCUACCACCUCAACGGCGCCACGACCCCCUCCAGCUUCGACUACUUCCCCCGCUACAACGGCUCCUUCUACUCGAUGCAAGCCGACGCAAUCACCUCCCUCGCCAUCAAGCCCCUGUUUGCAUUCAACGCCAUGUUUGACGAAAUCAACGAGGGCACCCAGAGCCUGCCGUGCUUGAAGAACAACCAGCUCCCCACCAACGAGAAGUUUGUGGGCUACGAUAACAACUUUGCCGACACUGCGUUUUAUCUCGAGCUUGGAGGACAGAAGGGUGCUGCGUUUGCGGCUGCGGUCAACUAA